UACUCUCUCGCUUACAAUUUUUCCCGCAAUAAACAAGUGUACUUACACGUAGAGGAGCGUGGGGACUUUUUGCUUACAAAAAUGCCGAAGCGUGCGUAUCCUUUUACGGAAACAUUUUCAUCUCAAUACAAAAUGCAUAUAGGACCACAUGAGUUAAACCAUUACGGCGUGUUUGGGAAUAAGUACCGACAAGAAAUCUACGAGAAGACAAAGAACUUGCUCUUCAAUGGUGCUAAGGCAGCCAUGGGUAAAAUAUGGACUGGAGAGGAAAAGUCCAUGGAGAUGCAACCCAAUGGACAAGUGGAAACACCUGCAACCAGUCAGACACUGCUGAGGGGACAGACUCUGAUUGGACAAGAUGGGAGACUGACAAAAGCAACCUCUGCACAAGGAGCAUCAGCGGGUCCUAUAGGUUGCUGUGUGUGUCAGAAGAGCCAGGGGUCCAGGACGCCGUGCUCCCAGUGUGAUCGUCCAGCAUGUUCCUCCUGUACCCAGCAGUGCUCCAGCUGCUCCAGCCUUUGUUGCUCCAUUUGCACCAUCAUAGAUUACAGUGGAAGAUACGAUGAAGUACUUUGCUGCAGCUGCUCAACAUAAAGGAAAACUAAAGGACAAAUGAGGAGAUUCUUGAACCAUGUAGUUGCCUCACAUGAGAUAUUUCCAAGACUGCAUUUUUAUACUUGUGAUCACUUUUGCAUGUAAUUCACUUUUUUUGUAUGUAUAUAUGUAUUAUAUUCCAGAAAUGAAAUAUUGAAACUGAAAUAAACUUGAACAUUUUUUGUAUAAACUUAAA